GAUAAAAAAAAAGAUCUUUUAUAUUAUUACAAUAUAAAAACAUACACAUGUAAUAUGUACUCUGAAAAAUACUAUUGCUGUAUUAUUAACAUUACAUGACUACGUAAAAACAUACUGGAGUUUGAGUUUUUCAGUUCAUACGUGUACAGCUGUCACGGUGCGAAUGGACAAUAAAAUAAACGUGAUGUGGACGAUUCUGAAUAUCAGAUAACGCGACAGUGUUGAAAUAAAAAAUUAAAAAAUUAGAGUGUAAUUGAUAAAUAAUUAAAUAUAUAAUAAAAUAGAAAGAAUUAUUUAAUAGAUUUAAUAAAUCAAUGGCAUUAAGAUCAUUGAGGCAGGAGUACCUGCAAAUACCUACAGUUACACGAGCUUAUACAACUGCUUGUGUACUUACUACACUCGCCGUGCAACUGGAUUUGGUUUCACCUUUUCAACUAUACUUCAAUCCUAUUUUAAUAGUUCAUCAAUACCAAAUAUGGCGACUUGUCACAACAUUUUUGUACUUUGGUACGGUUGGGUUCAAUUUUUUCUUCAACAUGAUAUUUACUUAUCGCUAUUGCCGGAUGCUAGAGGAAGGUCCGUUCCGUGGAAGGACAGCUGAUUUUGUAAUGAUGUUCAUUUUUGGUGGAGUUUGCAUGAUUAUAUUUGCAUUUUUUGUUAAUUUAUUAUUUUUGGGACAUGCAUUUACAUUGAUGCUAGUUUAUGUCUGGUCGAGACGAACUCCAUUCGUCAGAAUGAACUUUUUUGGUUUGCUAAACUUCAGGGCUCCAUUUUUACCGUGGGUUCUUCUUGGGUUCUCUUUGUUACUCGGAAAUGUCAUAUGGGUAGAUUUAGUUGGCAUGGCUGUUGGACAUAUGUACUAUUUUGCUGAAGACGUUUUUCCAAAUCAAGCCGGAGGUGGUUUCCGAAUCAUAAAAACUCCACAAAUACUUAAAAAUUUAUUUGAUGAGCGUCAGGAAGAUUCAGACUACGCUCCACUUCCUGAAGACAGACCUGGAGGUUUUGCGUGGGGCCAAGGAGCCGAUGUCCAUUAAAGUAAAUAUUUAUUAAUUAAAAUUAAUUUAUUACCAGUGAAAUAUUUUUUAGUGUCUUACUUAGACGUUAAACAAGUGAUAUGCUGGUUUAUUUUUCACUCAGAAAUUUCCAUUAAAUGCCAUUAAUAUUAUUAUUUUGUAACAUUAUAUUGUCAUUUGUUAUUAAUUUAACGGAAUGAUUACUCAAUUUAUUUUUAUUUAUACAAUCGCACAUUGAGUGAUUUUUGUAACAACCGACUUGUAAAUAUAGAUAGUAAAUUUCAUAAAUAUUUAUGAGUAACAAGAGAUAAAAAUAAUCAUUAAAAAAUUCAAUUAUAUUGUUUAGGGUAAUUACAAAGUUUGAUGUAUGUGAGGACGUUUUUUUAUUGUCUG